AUGGAUUUAUCCCCUGAAAUUGACGAAUUACUCGCCGAUUUCCCGCAAUGGGCGGCUAUACGCGCCGAGUUGGUGGAAAACGACAAGGAUCCGCAACUUUGGACCGACCUGGUGGCCCAGUUCGAGUCGCUUGUUUCCUCUCAGUUGAAUACCCUCAAAACAAACUCCAGUCUUUGUGACUUGCUAGACGCCGAUAUGCAAUACCUACUCACAAGAUUCCCGUACCUGGCGGAUUUCUGGAAACGUUAUGUUGCUUUGGAGUACUCGAUUGCCGGCUUGGACCGGUCUAUUGGUGUUUUGGAACAGGCCGUUAGUUCGUUUCCUUGUUCGUUGGAGCUCUGGGUCGACUAUUUGAACGUUCUUAUAUCCAACAACCUUAAAGAGGAACCGCAGAUCAGAGACCUGUUCAAACAGGCCGUUUCGCACGUCGGCCGUCAGUUCAUGGCCCAUCCGAUCUGGGAUUUGUAUCUGGACUGGGAGUCUAAGCAUGCAGGACCAAUGUCACUCGAUUACGUCCAAAUCCUGCUCCAGGUUGUCAAAUACCCUCUUCAUCAAUACGCGCGGUACUUCGAGUCGUUGUACGAGACCAUCACCAACUUCACGCUUGCAGACCUGGUCCCUACCAAGGAGCUGGACUCGCUGGUGGCUACGCAUUUCCAGGAUACCAACCUCGAGGACCUAGACGCAGACCAGCUCAAACAAAUCAGCGACGAGUAUUUCAACGGGAUAUUCACCCAGUGCUACACGGGGGUCACCGAAAGAUGGGAGUACGAGAGCCAGCUGCCGAAACAGAACUUUGACUUCUUACCGGUUUCCGAGCAAGAUAUGACCAAAUGGACGAACUAUUUGGACUUUGAGGAGUCACGUGGUGAUUUGGAACAGGUUAAGUCGCUCUAUGAACGCGCACUAGUCCCUACAUGUUCCUACGAGACCUUCUGGAUCAGGUAUCUGAGAUAUUUGAUCCGAAACACUUCAGACACCGACUUCAUUGUUUCGGUGUUCAAUAAAGCAACAGACGUGUUUGUCAGCAUAGACCAGCCGGAAAUCAGAUACAUGUACGCCAAAUACUACGAGCUCAAGCUGUCCGAUCUCGAAAAGGCCCGCCAAAUCUACAUUGGCAUGCUUGUGUCGCAUCCAGACAAACCGUUCCCGUUGGCCAGAUACUACCAGUUUCUGUACGACGUGCUCGGCUACGACAAGGUCAACGAGCAGUCGCAGAAGCUGUUGGAGAAGCUCACCGGUGAGACUGAUACAGAGCUCGAUUCAGAGUUCGCUGACCUGUUCAAGGUGCUUACUAUCUGGACGGCUCCACAAGUGGUUGUGGAGCUUGCCAAGCUGCGGUGGCUCAAACGCAGUGAUGUUCAAGGAGCCCGUUCCUUGCUGAACAUCUACUUCAAAAGCAAACUUACCAGAGCGUCCGUUUCGUACUGGACGUUCUUUUUCAAGUUUGAGCUGGUCCAAAAGAACGCCAAAGGUUUGGCCAGUAUUGUCAACUACGUCAAGACACACGGCCAGAUCCCAACAUCACACAUCAACCUCAUGAUCGACGAGUACAGAGACUUUUUGCUGAAAACCUCAACGCCAGACCAGUUGCAACCAGUAAGAGAGCUGAUCAGAUACAUAUUGGAAACGGACCCGGAGUCGUCCACUCACAUGAAACACUUUCUGAAAGCCCGUCUGGAUAUCAACCACGACGAGGACGCGACCAACAAACGGCUGGUCAAGGAGAACGGUCACCCCGGCGCAGUCACAGAGUACCGGCCGCGACUGGUGGACCCGAUCGACUUUGAGGAGUCGCUGGUUGCACAGACACAGGCUGCUGCGAUGCCGCGGUUUGCCAACGUGGAGCGCGCCAACAUGGCCCCAAAGUACCUACAAAUGGACGCCGUCGAGACCGAAACCAACUGA